GAGGGGGAGCCUCUGAAUUUAGCUCCGCCUGGCCGGAGGGGAAUCAAGUAGGCCCGUCUGCCUGCCAGGGAAGGGAGCCAGGGGGACACGGAGCACAAUAAGCGGCAGCCCUCAUGGCAAGACAACCAGCCAAGACCCUGUGGUAUGACCGUCCACGGUAUGUAUUUCUUGAAUUCUGUGUGGAAGACAGCAAGGAUGUAAAAGUGGACCUUGAUGAUUACAAGGUGAUAUUCAGCUGUAAGAAUACUGAUGGCAUUGAAAUGUACAACGAGAUUCACUUUUAUGCCCGAGUGAAUUCCAAGGAUUCCCAAAAUAAACGCUCAGGCAGGUCCAUCACACUCUUUACACGCAAAUGGAAGGACAAAGUGCCCUGGCCACGACUCACCAAAGAAGACUUCAAGCCAGCUUGGCUGUCGGUGGACUUUGAUAACUGGAGAGAUUGGGAAGGAGAUGAAGAGCUGGAAGCAGCCAUGGUUGAACAAUAUGCAGAGCUCAUGCAAAAGGUCACCAAGAAAGAUCCACCCCCAGCCAUGGAUGAUCUUGAUGAUGACAUCUGAAAAGGCACACAUCCCUGAUAGGACUGAUACCAAAGUAUGCUACAGCUACCAUCAGCAGUGACAUGGGACUAGGGAAUGCACUGGCUAAGGCCUGGGACAAGGAAGCAGAUGGUACACCUGAUCUGGCAAAGUGUUUCAGUUGCAUGUAUAUUUUCAAAUGAGUGUGAAAUGACUGCAGCAGAAUUUUACUGGACUGCUUACCUCAAUAAACAAUUCUUUGCACCAAAUCUGGAGGUGGAGUUGGUCCUAAAGACCCUGCAGAGUUGCUAUAAUCCAUUCUCUAUCAAUGUCUUCAUCCCAUUUAUGAGGCACUGCCCUGCCUUUUUUCUGACCGCAUGCAAAAGCACCAUUGUAGUUGAAGCAAGAGAGAAGAAAAAGUUGAAAAAGAUGUAAUUGCCGUAUUCAUCUCCAGAAUUGUCAGGCUUUACAACUGUUAUCCAAGACAUUAUUAUGUGGGAUGUUACUUUUAACUCUCAUAUAGGACUAUCUCUUUGGCGACACUUAUUGCUGGAUGAGCAACAUAGCAGCCAGGCCUCCUGCCUUCAGCUUAGAAGAGUAAAUGCAGGGCAAGGCUUAUGUCAAGUGCUGGCUAGUUCUAUUCUGAUUUUGAUGUCCUCAUUUCUCCUAGCCUCUCUGACCCUACAUCUUCCUUCAUCAUGUCCCCAGAGUCUCACUGCAGGUUUCUUUCUUCUCAGAGAUGACAAACGUAAAAACAGCAUGUUAGCAAUGUAUUUCCCAAUAAAUUUUGUUAAUCUGACCCUCUUGC